AUGGCGGCAGGAACCAGCAACUACUGGGAAGGUGAGAGAGUAAGGCCUAAAGAUCUCCGGAAACAGGCCCGACAACUUGAAAAUGAACUUGAUCUGAAACUGGUUUCCUUCAGUAAACUGUGCACAAGUUAUAGUCACAGUAGUGCCCGAGAUGGAAGACGCGACAGUUCUGACACAACACCCCUUUUAAAUGGAUCAAGCCAAGACAGAAUGUUUGAAACAAUGGCUGUGGAGAUUGAACAGCUUUUGGCAAGGCUUACAGGAGUAAAUGACAAAAUGGCAGAGUAUACCAACAGCGCUGGUGUCCCCUCCCUCAAUGCAGCUCUGAUGCACACACUGCAGCGACACAGAGACAUCUUGCAGGAUUACACACAUGAAUUCCAUAAAACCAAAGCAAAUUUUGUGGCAAUACGGGAAAGAGAGAACCUCAUGGGAUCAGUACGAAAGGAUAUUGAAUCAUAUAAAAGUGGUUCUGGAGUGAACAAUAGAAGAACUGAAUUAUUUCUGAAAGAACAUGACCACCUACGAAACUCAGAUCGACUGAUUGAAGAAACAAUAAGCAUUGCAAUGGCAACAAAAGAAAAUAUGACAUCACAGAGAGGGAUGUUGAAAUCUAUACAAAGCCGGAUGAACACGUUGGCCAAUCGGUUUCCUGCUGUGAACAGCCUAAUCCAGCGAAUCAACCUGCGCAAACGGCGAGACUCCCUCAUCCUGGGAGGGGUCGUUGGUGUCUGCACUAUCCUUUUGCUGCUCUACGCUUUCCACUAAUGGACAUUCUCUAGAGACUCUUUGACAACCACCACUUCCUUGAGUUGAUUCCAGUUACAGAACAGUGAAAGGAAGACAUGGACAGACCUGGGGAGUUGUUGAUCAGCAUCAUGUCAUUUAAGGCCUAUGAGAGGCCGUGUGCUGGUCAGGGUUGGGGCUGGAGCUACAGUGUUUGUGUCCUCUUCUCAGCAAAAUUUUUAUCCCCCUUUUUGUUUCAAAUCCAAACCAAGAAAAGUUCUCAAUCCUUUGUGUCUUUCUAUGAGGUAAGUAAACAUAUUAAGGAAAAAAAGGUAUGAAUGCAGCCUGCCUGGCAAUUAACUACUCAUUAAAAGAAAAGCCCAUUGGAAGUUUGAAUGUCUUUAGUGGGCCAAUGUUCCCUGAUUCUUUGGGCCUGUGACCAGUGUAUUGUAGCUUUAAGCCAUCAGGGACAUGAAGUUUAUGAAGGAAUGAAUGAAGUUUUUCUUUCUUUUUUUUUUUUUUUUUUAAUUUCUGGUGAAUAGUCAGAUCAUUCUAUGUCAUCUAUGCUACAGAUUCUAUUCUGUGGCUUCAAACCUUUUUUCCCCAGAAUUCAAAGAUAAUUCUGUUUGCAUAGAAAGUAUCUUAUUCUUUUGUUGAGUGUGUGUCUAGUGUGGGAGAACUUUAGGAAAAUAGCCUCACUUUGACAUAGGAAGAUCAAGUCUCUGGCCCUAAUUGAAAUGCAAUAGAUACUUGUUCUCACCGUGAGCAACAGCUAUGACAGAAGCAAUCCUGGUAUUUUUAUAUAUGGUCUGGUGGGCUGGUAGUCAUCUAAAAAUCUUUGAAAAAAAGGCAGUGGUUUUUUUUAAAAGGUUGUUCAUUGUUUUGACUGUCUUUUUUUUUAAUUGAAUUAAUGUUUUCUACUUGGGAAGUAGAACAAGAUCUAAAUUCUAAUGAAAUGAGAAACUUGGCCAGCUCUCAAAAGUUCCCCAAACUGUUACAUGCUCCAAGUCAUCUUGAGUCAAAACUGACAUACAUGUAUCACUGAGAAAGGGCACAGCCCAGGUUGCACAUGGGCUUCUCCGCCUCGUGUAGCUCUGUCGUGUGUGAACAAAAAUAAUCGAAGAGACCCCAUAUCAUCUUCUGCUGCAUUACAUGUCCUUUCUUGUUUCUGCUGUGUGAGUGAACCGGGUCACCCCGUGUCUAUCUAAUUGUAGAUCGCAUCUGUUAAAGGUCUCUGAACCUUCAGAAUGUUAUUUUGCUGUUCAUUGUACAUGUUGCAGAAUCUUCUUUCAUCCACUCCCAUCUUCUGUUCAUCACCCACAAAAAUAUAAACUACCCCCGAGAGUUCUUUUAGAGUUCAGACAUUUGAUCUAGUCCUCCAGGCAGUUAAUUCCUCAUCAUGGUAAUAUCAUAAUCCUAGGCAGUGUGGAAACUUGCUCAACAUCUCUGUUCCUUGCCUCGAGAAAAGACUGUUCUAACCAUUGGAUUUCUGAUUCAUGCUCUGGAUUCUACCAGAAGGACUGAAAGAGCUUUAGAUCUGGUCACAGAACCACCCCAUGGUGUGUAGAUUAUAUUGUUCAUUUGAUCUAGAUAGAGGCUUCUAUCUAAAGUGACACACUGGUGUGAUAGGAUAUAAAGACUGCAGAGGUUUUUUUUUUAAUGUCAGAGUUCUAAUGCCUUCUGGAUUAGGAGGAGACUUGGUAAUAUUUUUAAAUUAUGGGGUUUAUUUUUCUAUGUAUGGGUUGAUCAUUUCAUUGAUUGGGGAUGCCCUUGAUUUGAAAGAAUAUUAAUUUUCCCUACAUGAAGCUUGAUGGAUCAGGGAAGUAAAUUCAUUAAUUAAACUCUCUCUGUUGGGAGAUCAGAACUCCCCUGAUGCUUAUUAUCUUUGAUUUUUUUUCAAAGGGCCUCAAUUGGUGGUUAUGUCCCAGCUAGAGUUUGUAGGACUUUUGGUUACUAUAUGGUUGGCAUUUAUAAAAUCUGCAGUAUCAUAAAUAAAGUUAUUUAUUUAAUUAUA